GAUUCUUCUUCUCUCCCUCUUCCUUGCUUUAUAGGGAACACGUAAACAUCCCUAUUUAGUACUAGCUCCUCUUUAUCUGCUCCACUCUCUUCUCCUCUGUUCUUUCAUAACCAUUAUGGUCAUCAAUUCUUCUCCUGCUUCUUCCCCUUUUUCACACUCUGUUUCUUCUAAUGCACUAUUAAAUUGUGAUCCGAUGGCAGCAGAAAUGGAGGAAUUAAAUGCCAAUAUUGGAUCACCUGGGUUAGGUGAUGAGCUCUUAAGAUUACUUCUUGAUGAUGAAUUCCCUCUCUUUGUAUUUCCCCAAGUCAUUGAACCAGAACCUUGUCCCUCACCAGAGCCCAUGAUCAACCACCUGGUCUCAACAGUCUACUCCAGAGACACACCCACCAUGGAAGAUUCUGUGGAUGCAUCAUCCUUCACAAAUGCAGUUAAUGAAUCAAACAGCAGCAAUAACCAUUCUAUCUCACAAGCCAGAAGUUCGAUGUUAGAUAAAGAGUUGAAUAAGAUUGAUAACAAGUAUACUCUGAAAAUCAAAGGAAGUGGGAAUGGAAUGACAGAUGAUGGUUAUAAAUGGAGGAAAUAUGGACAAAAAUCCAUCAAGAACAACCCUUUUCCCAGGAGUUAUUACAGGUGCACGAACCCAAGGUGCAGCGCAAAGAAGCAGGUGGAGAAGGCAAGUGAUGAACCGGACACGUUCCUUGUCACCUACGAAGGCCUACACCUCCACUUUGCCUUCUCACACAUAUUCCCAUGUCAACCUCAAAAUGCCUCCAACCCACCCACCAAGAAGCCCAAGAAGCCCAUCCCAGACGCCCAAGAUAUUUUUACCCAAUUAGCCCAAGAAACACAACAAGCCCAGGAAGCUUCCACACCACCGAACCCACUCAUGACUGGAUCUGAACAGAUGUUGGUUGGUACACAAGCAAGCCCACAAGGAUUGCUAGAGGAUGUCGUUCCAUUUCUGAUUCGAAGGCCACCAAAUAGUCUCCCUUCUUCAACUUCUUCUUCAUCAUCUUCCUAUCCACCUUCCCAUCCAUCUUCCCCUCUUUCCUCUUUCACUUCCUCCUCCUCUUCUUCUUCUUCCUCCUUUGCGUGGUCCCCUACUUAUUCUUCUUUCAUUGAUGUAGGUAUGAAGUGAUAUUCUAUAUGAUUUGAAGUUUAGGCAGGAACUGAAUAAGUCCAAAAUGGUGGUCUCUAGGUGACUUAAUGUGAAACAAGUGAUAAAUAUGGCAAUGUAUGGUGUAAAUUGAGAAUGAGUAAAAAUGCGCAUUUUAGUUUA